CCCGCCAUAAAGUGAAGAAGAAGAAGAAUCCGGAAGUAGACGAAGAAGACGACUUAUUUAGUUGUUCGUAAGUUAGUAACUCCUUUAUGUGAGUGUAAACAGAGCCAUGGCCGGUCCAGAGCUCCUGCUGGACUCCAGUAUCCGUUUGUGGGUGGUGCUGCCCAUCGUGGUCAUCACCUUCCUGGUGGGGGUCAUUCGCCAUUACGUCACUCAGCUGCUGCACAGUGACAAGAAGGUGGACCUGGAGCAGGUCUCUGACAGUCAGGUGCUGCUGCGCAGUCGCAUCCUGAGAGAGAAUGGCAAAUACAUCCCCAGACAGUCAUUCACCAUGAGGAGACAUUACUUCAACGAUGCAGAGACAGGGUUCUUCAAGAAGGUCAAGAGGAAGGUUGUCCCCAAAAACCCCAUGACAGACAGCAGCAUGCUGACAGACAUGAUGAAAGGCAACCUGACCAACGUUCUCCCCAUGAUUGUGAUUGGAGGAUGGAUCAACUGGGCCUUCUCUGGAUUUGUCAUAACCAAGGUUCCUUUCCCCCUGACUCUGAGGUUCAAGCCCAUGUUGCAGCGUGGCAUCGACCUGCUGACACUGGAUGCCUCCUGGGUGAGUUCUGCAUCCUGGUACUUCCUCAACGUCUUUGGUCUCAGGAGCAUGUACAGCCUCAUCCUGGGUCAAGACAACGCGGCUGACCAGUCAAGACUCAUGCAGGACCAGAUGACGGGUGCUGCCAUGGCGAUGCCCCCUGACCCCAACAAGGCCUUUAAGAGCGAGUGGGAGGCGCUAGAGAUCGUGGAGCACAAGUGGGCGCUGGAGAACGUGGAGGAGGAUCUAAUGUGCCGAGACCUCAACUUUGGAACCUUCUUCAGCCAGGACAUCAAGUCCACCAUGUUCUAGAAGGGGUUCUCCUCCUCCAGGGUCUCCACAGUGGUGAAGAGCUGGAUGCAGUCCUGCAUGGGCACGGUGGUGUGCUGCAGAGGAACAUCCAUGCUGCUGUGCUUGACGUACUUCUGCAGGGGAAGCAGGACAUGACACCUUCACACCUUCACACCACACUGCCACCAUGCAACACAACACAACACACACCUCCGCCUCGUUUUCAUUGUAGAAUCUCUUCUUCAUGUCGGCGUCCCAGUCCAGCGCCACGUACGGCUGGGCUGCUCACACGUGAAGGAAAAACCACAAGGAAAAGAUCCAUGUUAAAAAGAGAAGGUGUGUUUCUGCAUUUGCCACUAAAAAGAAUGUGAGGAUUGAAAAUAAAUACACAUUUGACCCUUUCAUUAGCGUUUUGCUCCCAAAGUCAAUCCAUCCAAGUUUGAUCAAACUAAAGUCAAAUGAUCUGUGCAACAAUAAACCAUAACCAUAUGGACAAG